AUGAAGCCGCUGCUACAAGUUUUAGCCGGUUUAACUCUGCUAGGUUCGAGUUAUGGCCAGUUCAAUUCGCCAUUAGAUCGGCACAGUAUUCUUGAUCCGUAAGUCAUUUUGUGACAAAAAACAGCAGCUAAAAGCUCUUGAAAAGUCUUGUCGUUUUUGAACGUGAAAACCAAUGUAAAAUAACGACAAGACUUUUUCCACAAAUUUUUUUAAAACUAAUUUUUUUAAUUUAAAAAAAUGAAAACUCUGUUUAAAAAAGUGUAUUAAGUAUGACAUUGAGCUGUUGCACUUUAAAAUGCCAAGUACAGUGUAAUCCUCAAAUGUCCUAAUUUCAAACGAAUUUUUGGGUUUUAAGAACAGUUUACAACUUUUUAAUAAGUGAAAGUAAAAAUUUAAUCUGAAAAAUGUUACAAAAUCAAAAAUUAGCAUAAUUAAUGUUACAAUAGUCACGAAUGUUAAGAGAGUUAUAGCCGUUCUUUGUGAUGAAAGCAAUGGUGAAAUGGUCUUUUUAUAAGAGCUUUAUACCCUACCCUACCCUACCCUACCCUACCCUACCCUACCCUACCCUACCCUACCCUACCCUACCCUUCCUACCCUUACCCUUACCCUACCCUACCCUUCCUACUCUUAUCCUACCCUACCCUGCCCUACCUUACCCUAUCCUACCCUGCCCUACCUUACCCUACCCUACCCUACCCUACCCUACCCUACCCUACCCUACCCUACCCUACCCUACCCUUCCUACCCUUACCCUUACCCUACCCUACCCUACUGUAGUUUUUUCUGUUGUACCCAAUCAUACUGUAGUCUAUUCUAUCGUACCCGACUCUACCUUACCACACCCAAGGCUACCUUACCUUACUCUAUAUAGAUCACCCUAUUUUUCAUUUUACCUUACCUUGCUUUGCCCUGCUCUACCCUAUCUUUUGCGUUAUUCUACUUGUAUAAUGAGAACUUACAGUAAUAACCACAAUGGUAAAAAAACAUAAUUAUCUAAAUUAUACUUUAAAAAAACUGCUAUCAUGAUCAUUGUAACAGAUAGUGCUUAUAGUGUUAAGAAGAUUUAAAAAGUUAGAAGUUUAAGUCAAAGAACAAAUUUACUAAAAAAACUGUCUGUAAAUGAUAUUAUAAGUGUAGUUUAAAGCGAUAGAAAUUUAAUAUACCGUACAGUAACGUAUUUACACUACUUUAGGCAAUAAAGGCUGACACAAGGCAUACGUAUCACAUUUAUUUUUAAAAAGUGAUAUUGUGAUCAAUGUAAAACGUUUAAUGUAGACAGGAAGCGCUAUAGAACAUGAAAAUUAUAUUUUUUAUUUUGAUGCCCUUAAGGCCCAAAAUUCAAAAAAUCAUAACUACCGUAGAACCCACUCAGUAGCUCCAGGCUUACUCUUAGUAGGAUCAAAAUGUUCUUAAAAAAAAUUACAGUAGCUUUACAGACCAACAGUUGAACGCACAGCAGAAGACCAAUAUGAUGUUAUACCACCACUUGUGAAAGAAGAUUACCGGCAGCGAGCUGAACAGGUUGACAAUAGCGCUGCUAUAGGUGGCUGUGCUGGACAUUGUAGUAGACACUUCAUGGAGACGCUAAAUGGAGUUCUGGAAGGCUCUACUGCCAAGUUGUUUAGAAACUUUCAUGAUACUUGCAAGUAAGUUGAAAAUUUAAAUAGAAAUUGUAAAGUACUGCUGUUAGCAAGGUGUUAAGGAGAGAAACCAACGCAGAUGCUUAAGACAAAAGUAAAAGAGAGCAAACUAACAAGGAAAGUGCCCAACCUGCAACUCUCAGAAUCAGCUCAAACUUUUUAUAUGAAUUCUUUAUACCACCAAUAGUACACAUAAAAAAUCUUAGCUUGCGGUCUUAAUUUUUGAAAAUUAAAUAUUUGAAUUACCCGCCAAAUUGGCAAAUUUGGCAUAGCGUUGCAAGCCCUUUUUUCAACUUUCUAGACGAUCUACGCUUACAAAUUUAAAAACGUAAGCUCAUUAACAGGUUUUCUAUUAGUACAUCAAAGGAAAAUUAUUAAAAGUCAAAAAAUGACAAAGCUAUGAGCUUGAAACACAAUGCCAAUUUGGCGGGAAGUUCGAAAAGUGAUUGUUUGAUCUCGAUUUUCUCGAGACUCGCCGCAAACCGCAACUUAAUAAUUUGCAUAAGGUCUUACAUUUACAUGACCUUGCCACAAAAAAAGUUUGAAUCAAAUCUGAGCGUUGCAGGUUGAGUAUCUUCCUUGUAAGCCAAAUGUUCAAGGCAGGAAGUUUAAGUAAGGCUAACAAAGGCAGAGCGACAAACCUGUAAAAAGAUGGACGAAGCUCUAUUUUUUUGACUUGGUUUACGAGCUGGAUCUGGUUUUAGUACCUUGACCUCGUAGUCACGUAUGUCGGCUCGAGUCUGUUUCCUUUAAAAUUUUCCUUGGCUUGGUUCCCUUUCUGGUCUAGCAUAACAUAUAUUCAAAACAUCAACUCUAGCUUUAGCUUUAGCUCUAGCUCUAACUCUAGCUCUAGUUCUAGCUCUAGUUCUAGCUCUAGCUCUAGCUCUAGCUCUAGCUCUAGCUUUAACUCUAACACCUACUAUUAAUGCAUUUUUCUAAUGUUUAUCAUCAAAAACAAUUUUUUAUAAAAAAAUACGUGCCAUAGUUUGCAGCAAUUACAUUUAGCCAGACGUUCAACUACUUUGUAGUCUGACUCCUAAACUGUUUUGAACUGUUAAGCGGCUGUAAAUACUUUAUAUUACAUAUUGUUUCAGUGAAAGAUUAAAAAAUUGUUUUGUAAUCUUUUAUAUAAACAUAUCACGGAAGUACCAAACCAUUAUAAUUAGUACGACAUACAGUACACACGCCAUUAUUUUUGCAUCAUCUUUAAAAAACGUGCCCUUGUGGCCCCUGUCAUAAUCUUUAAAAAAUGUUAUUCUGCUUUGAUCAGUGUUGAUAUACGCCAUUAUUUUUGCACCAACGCUAAAACACGUCAUUCUUUUUAGAUCAGCGUUAAACUGCGCCAAUAUUUUUGCAACAACUGUUAAAAAUGCCAUUCUUCCUGCAGCAGCUUUACCGUUGAAAAACUUGCUGAAAUUGAAAUCAUCCAUAAAAACUAACCCUGGGAGGCAGCUAUUAGGCCUUAGCAGACAGCUAUUAUCGUAUUUUACAAAAACUUAAAUAAAAAAUGAAAAUUGUUUUCAGACGCUACUUCGAAGCCAAAGAAUGUAUGCAGAAGAAGUACUAUUGCCAAGUGACUAACUUUUUCGAUUCAAUCAGCAGCGGGCUGCAGUACCUUUGUGAACAACAACGAACAGGUAAGACAAACUGUAUACAUUACUACAUUAAACCUUGAUAUAAGUGAGAAUACAUAAGAUUUUUGGUUAUUAUGUAUCUAGUCUUUCAUUUACCAAGUUUUUUUAUAUUCAAGUAAAGCCUAAAAUAAGAUUGUACGCUUAUAAAAAAGCCUAGAAAGGCAAGUCUAACUCUAUGAAAUUUACUUUUUUAUUAUAGUACUUCUACUACAUUACAGUAAUUUACUGUUUUUAAUACAAAGAUUUACUUUUUGCCCUAAUACUGUAGACCUCACACAUACAAUCCCAUUUCUGAGUAGAUUACACCAAAAAAGUGCAAAAACAAUAUCAAAGUAACUAAAAACAACAUGAUUAUGAAAAAUGUAAUUACUUUCCGAACAUUGUAAAAUGUAGUGCAUAAAAACUUGUUUUUGCCAAGAUUUUGCGGAGAAAAUGUAAAAAACAGUUUUUUAUGGGAGUGAUAUUACAAUAGCCAACAAUAUGAACUUUUAUCCACUGUAAAGCGGAUAUUAUUGUAAGAAAAGUGCUUAUGCAAUUUUGUAAAGUAAAAAAUAAUAUUACAGUACUAAAGUCAUAGUAAUGAAGAUAGUACUGGCGGCCGUAGCUCUAGCUUCAGCUAUAGCCCAGAGCCCUAGCCUAGAGCCCUAGCCCAGAGCCCUAGUCCAGAGCCCUAGUCCAGAGCCCUAGCCUCAGCCCUAGCCUUAGCUCUAGUCUCAGCCCUAGCUUUAGCUUUAGCCCAGACUCUUCGCCCAGAGCUCUAGUCUCAGAGCAUUAGUUCAAAGUCCUAGACCAGAGCUCUAGCCCAGAGGUGCUAGCCCAGAGGCCCUAACCCAAAGGCUCUAGCCCAAAACUUAAGCUUUACUAGCUCUAGCUCUAGUUCUAGCCUACGGCCCUAGUCCAGAGCCCUAGCCCCAGAGCCUAAACUUUACUAGCUCUUGCUCUAGUUCUAACCCACAACCGUAUCCCAGAGCCCUAGCCCAAAGCCCUAGCCCAGAGCCCUAGCCCAGAGCCUAAGCCCAACGCCCUAGCCCAGAGCCUAAGCUUUACUAGCUCUAGCUACAGUUCUAGCCCUAGAUCGAGCCCUAGGCUUUAAAAAAACUACAGUAAUUUGAAACAUUUUUUCUUACAAUAAGCUUAAAAGUAAAAAAGUAAAAACGUUUACGUAAAUUACUUUUUCACAACCUUGAGCUGUUUUUUCAUUACUUUACACUCAGUUUUUACUAAAUUACAGUUAAUUUUAGAGAUUGUAAAUGGGGAAUCAGUAUGUUUUUAAGCGCUUUUAGUUAAGCCGCAUAUGUUUUAGAGUUCACAUUUAAAAUAUUAGUAAUAAACGUCAAGAGCAAUCAGUUUAUAUAGUAUUUAAUUAACUAAAACAUGUUUUAAAAAGUAUAGUAAUUAAUCCUUUAUUGCAAAAAAAAGUUUCAAAUUCGAUAUACGGUAGACACAUUUUUUCUUUAUUUAAUAAUGACAGUAACUUUGUUGUACAUUAGCACUUCCCUUACUUUAUCCCUGUCCGAUCCGAGCCUACAAUUGGCUUUGCCCUAACCUAUACACUAGCUUUAUCGUAGUUCUACCCUUGUCAACUAGCGUUUUGAGAUUCCAAAUCUAGCAUUACUUUAGCCAAACCUUAUCUUUUCUUUAACUAUACUCUAGGCUUUACCAUACCCUUAUCGUAGCUCUAUUUUAGACCAAACCAAGCACUAUAUACCCAGCCUUAUCCUUGUUUGUCAUCACUUCAAAAGCCUUAUUCUACCCUUUUAGUACCUCUACAAUAACUAUACUGUAGUCUUAGUUAAUUCCUACGUCAUGUCUGCUAUAUUAGUCUAGUGUUAGUGAACCCCAACACAUCUAUCUAUUCAUGUCAUACUGUAGCUUUACCUAGUUUUACUGAAGUUUAAUUUAAGAAACACAAUUUUUAGCUAUGGAUGCUCUGCUACCUUGUGUACAAGAAAACUUUGCUAGUGUAAGAGAAAGUAAGUUGUAAUGAAUGAAUUUACAAUUAACUUUCAAAUUCGAUAGCUACAGAGCAUUUUUUUUCAAAAUUAUUUUAAAGUUUUCACAAACAACACUUUAGGUUGUGACGUGAACUGCCAACCUCAUGCCCUGGCUGCUGGACUGACGGUGAAGCAUUUUCUGGAAAAAGAUUUUAGCUUUUUCAAAUUGCUCGACAAACAUAUGGGUACAUUGACAACAAACGAAGCCUGUCGAGUUGGAAAGUGCUUCUUGAAGUGCUACAAAGUCAAGCUGAACUUGAGAUGUCAGGGAAUUGUUGGGUCGUUGCUUACAGUGAGUUUGAACUGAACUUUUUGAAUUUUUUGAAUUAAAAAAUAUUAAAAUGACGUUUUGAGGAAGGAAUAACCCGCCCGUUCUCCGAAAUUCAAAAGCAAGGCUCUGGCUUCGCGGGAAUGUUCCAGAUGUUCAUGCCACGUCAAUGCACAUUCUUGAGCAAUGAGUACGAGCUGAAUGAAUUCAGGAUUGAUCCACAGUUGGAUCAGCACAUCACUGAAAUGUACAGUGUGGUAAGUUUGUUACUGUAACAUUGACAAUAUAGAACUGUCUUGCUUUAGACUUUGAUCUGGAUAGGGUGGGUGAAUGAAAGGUAUAUUAAAAGAGCGGGGGAAGCUUAAGAAUUGAAAAACAAAAAAAUCUUAAAAAAAGGCUUACUCUUCAACUUAUAGGCCAACCAAGUCCCACAUGACGGUCAUAUACCAAAUAUGGAUCCUCCACCGUACGACGAGUCUCCAUUAGACUCAUACUGA